AUGGCCGGUCCGACUUUCAAGACCCUCCAGCGUGAGGAAAUCUUCCGUCACCCGCCAAAGGACCAAUCCGCCUACCCCGUCCUCGCCGAAGCCGUCGCUCCCCACAUCGAAUCCUUCAAUGCCCUCACCGAAGGCGGCCUCCUCGAUCUCGCGGUAAAGGACGUCGGAACGAAAACCGUUAUCGACCCCAGCGGCAACAAAUGGGAGAUCAAGUGCGAGGAAGUCCAGAUUGCUAAGCCCAUGCUCAGCGCGAAAGAUCGGACGAGUAUUAACAGGAGGAUUUACCCGAGUGAGGCGCGUGAGAGGCUUUCGACUUACCGUGCUCGUAUUGUGUUGAAGCUUUCUUAUCGAUUGAAUAAUGGACCAUGGGAGAGUGUGUCUAGAGAAGCUGGUCUUCUCCCUGUCAUGGUCCGGUCAAAUCGGUGUCACCUCGCCGGUAUGGCACCCGCCGACUUGGUCUCGCACAAGGAGGAGUCCGAUGAGAUGGGUGGAUACUUCAUCGUGAACGGUAAUGAGAAGUUGAUCCGUCUGUUGAUUGUUACGAGAAGAAAUCAUGCUAUGGCGUUGGUUCGACCAAGUUUUGCGAACAGGGGUAAUGCGUACUCGCACUUUGGUGUUCAAAUCCGCUGUGUGAGGCCCGAUCAGUCAUCGCAGGGAAACACCCUUCACUACCUCAACGACGGAAAUGCCAUGCUCCGUAUUUCAUGGCGAAAGAACGAGUACCUCGUUCCUAUCAUGAUGGUCUUGAAGGCGUUGGUGGACACGAACGACAAGGAAAUCUUUGAUGGUAUUGUCGGAGCGGAGCGCGAUAACACUUUCUUGACUGACCGUGUGGAGUUGUUGUUGAGGACUUACAAGGCAUACUCCCUCUACACCCAAGAAGACACGCUCCGUUACCUCGGUGAGAAGUUCCGCGUGGUGAUGAACAUUGGAGAAGAGUUGACCGACGUCCAAGUCGGUCGCGAGUGGCUUCGGAAAAUCAUCUUGGUUCACCUCGAGGACCCGAGAGAUAAGUUCCGCAUGUUGCUGUUCAUGAUCCGCAAACUUUAUGCUUUGGUCGCUGGUGAUUGUGCGGGUGAUAACCCUGAUUCGCCUCAGCAUCAGGAAGUCUUGCUUGGUGGAUUCUUGUAUGGAAUGAUUAUUAAAGAGAAGAUUGAGGAUUACCUUACUGGUAUUCGCGCACAGAUUAUGCAGGAUAUUCGGAGAACACCCGGUGCCGUCGACCUCCACGACAGCAAAUACCUCACCAAAGCAAUGGCCAAGGUCAACGGCGACAUUGGUGCUAAACUCACGUACUUUCUCUCCACCGGUAACCUCGUCUCCAACACUGGUCUCGACUUGCAGCAAGCGACCGGUUACACCAUCGUCGCUGAAAAACUUAACUUUUACCGUUAUAUCUCGCAUUUCCGCAUGGUUCAUCGUGGAUCUUUCUUUGCCGAGCUCAAGACCACCACUGUCCGAAAGUUGUUGCCUGAGGCAUGGGGAUUCUUGUGUCCUGUACAUACCCCCGAUGGUACGCCCUGUGGUUUGUUGAACCAUAUGGCGCAUAAGUGUAAGAUCACUACUGCACCAUUGGAUGUGAAGGCAAUCCCGGCACUUCUCGCUUCGUUGGGUGUUUCCCCACCUAGCGCGAGUGUUGGUGGACCGUUGAAGGCUUGUGUGCAGCUUGAUGGUAGGAUCGUUGGAUGGUGUACGCAUGCGUUGGCGAAGCACGUUGCUGACACGCUGAGGUUCUGGAAGGUUGAGGGCACGCAUGGUGUUCCCCUCGAUCUCGAGAUUGGUCUCGUGCCGGAGUCGACGGGUGGUCAGUACCCUGGGCUCUACCUCUUCUCGCAGGCUGCUAGGAUGGUUCGUCCCGUCAAGUACCUCCGUACUGAUGGUGAAGACCAUGUUGGACCGUUCGAGCAGGUUCAUAUGGAGCACAUCGCUUGUAUGCCUGAUGAGAUUCUUCCUGGGCUUACUACUCAUAUUGAGUACGCUCCCACCAACAUUCUUUCGAUCGUGGCCAACUUGACGCCUUUCUCCGACUUCAACCAGUCUCCACGAAACAUGUACCAGUGUCAGAUGGGUAAGCAAGCGAUGGGUACGCCCGGUACUGCGAUCAGACAUCGUACCGAUAACAAGCUCUACCGUCUGCAGACUGGUCAGACCCCCAUCGUUAGGCCCGCUUUGCACGAUGCAUACGGAAUGGACGCCAACCCUAACGGUAUGAACGCCGUCGUGGCUGUCAUCUCGUACACUGGGUACGACAUGGAAGAUGCCAUGAUCUUGAACAAGUCUGCACAUGAACGUGGGUUCGGGUAUGGUACUGUCUACAAGAGUGAGAAGGUCGACUUGUCGAGUAAGAGACGGAGAGGAGAGCCGAUCAUGCAUCACUUUGGGUUCGGGUCGGAUAAGUACCCCAAAGAGUGGUUGGAGAAGUUGGAUGGAGAUGGUUUGCCUCAGGUUGGUGUUGAGUUGCAGCCUGGUGACCCGAUCGCUGCGUGGUUCGAUGACGCUACAGGCAAGACCUCGAUUGAGGAGUACCACGGUACUGAGCGGGCGUUUGUUGAUGAGGUCCGUGUGCUUGGUAAUGAUUCUGGUGAUCAGGAGUGUCAGGGUAUUCAUGUCAAGUUGAGGGUUACUCGUUCGCCUGUUACUGGUGACAAGUUCUCCUCUCGUCACGGACAGAAGGGUGUCUUGUCCCAGAAGUGGCCGGCGGUUGACAUGCCGUUCUCUGAGUCUGGCAUGCAGCCUGAUGUUAUUAUCAACCCUCACGCUUUCCCCUCCCGUAUGACCAUCGGUAUGUUCGUUGAGUCGUUGGCGGGUAAGGCUGGUGCGUUGCACGGUAUGGCUCAGGAUGCUACUCCGUUCAAGUUCUCUGAGGAGCACACCGCUGCCGACUUCUUCGGUCAGCAGUUGUUGAAGGCCGGAUACAACUACCACGGUAACGAGCCUUUCUACUCUGGAAUCACUGGUGAGGAGAUGAAGGCCGAUAUCUACGUCGGAUGUGUCUUCUACCAGCGUUUGCGUCACAUGGUUAACGACAAGUUCCAAGUCCGUACCACUGGUGCCGUGCACAACCUUACCCACCAGCCUAUCGGUGGUCGUAAGCGUGGUGGUGGUGUCCGUUUCGGAGAAAUGGAGCGUGAUGCUAUCAUUGCCCACGGCACCUCGUUUAUCUUGCAGGAUCGUUUGAUGAACUGCUCUGAUUACUCUCAGGCGCCUAUCUGCAGAGACUGUGGAUCUUUGUUGUCGACGAUGACUGUUUCGAACUCGAUGACGGGCGGUAUGUUUGGCAACAAGACUAGGUGCCGGGCGUGUGCUGAGAAGGCUACUGGCUUUGAGGCCGAGGGUGAGGCUUGGGAGGAUGCGUCUGGACAGAAGUUUGUUGGUGGUGAGAAUGUCACUACGGUUGCGGUGCCAUAUGUCUUCAGGUACUUGUCUGCCGAGUUGACUGCCAUGGGUAUCAAGAUGACUUGUAGGGUCUCUCCAUGA